AUGGUCCGCCGAAUUGCUUCAGCUACACCUAUGGUGCAAUCGCCCAUGUCGCCAUUGGGCACAACAUACUGCGUCCGUCCUAAUCCUGUUUCACUGAAUCUUCAAAGAAGACCUCUCGUGAUCGCAUCAACAGACGAGGCCAAGGUCACUAUAAUAUAUGCCGGACUAUUAAUCCCUGGCGACGGAGAACCUCUGCGCAAUGCUGCCCUAGUCAUCAGCGAUAAGAUCAUCGCGUUCGUUGGAUCCGAAGCCGACAUCCCUAAGAAAUACCUCCGGUCCACGCAGUCUACUCAUCGUGUCCCCGUGCUCAUGCCUGGUUUGUGGGAUUGCCACAUGCAUUUUGGCGGGGAUGACGAUUAUUACAACGAUUAUACAUCUGGUCUGGCCACUCAUCCAGCAUCAUCAGGUGCUCGACUAGCCCGUGGUUGCUGGGAAGCAUUGCAGAAUGGGUAUACAUCCUACCGCGACCUAGCCGGAUACGGGUGCGAGGUCGCAAAGGCGAUCAAUGAUGGCACUAUCGUUGGUCCAAACGUGUACUCGUCUGGCGCUGCACUCAGUCAGACAGCUGGACACGGCGAUAUCUUCGCUCUUCCAGCAGGCGAAGUACUGGGGAGUUAUGGAGUAAUGAACCCACGCCCUGGGUACUGGGGGGCAGGGCCGCUAUGUAUCGCCGAUGGCGUAGAGGAGGUCCGACGAGCAGUGAGGUUGCAGAUCCGUCGCGGUGCAAAGGUUAUCAAAGUGAUGGCCUCUGGGGGUGUCAUGUCGCGAGACGAUAAUCCCAACUUUGCACAGUUCUCUCCAGAAGAACUGAAGGUGAUAGUGGAAGAGGCGGCUCGACAGAACCGGAUCGUUUCUGCACAUGUGCAUGGCAAGGCGGGGAUUAUGGCUGCUAUCAAAGCAGGCUGCAAGAGUCUGGAGCAUGUGUCUUAUGCUGACGAGGAGGUCUGGGAGCUCAUGAAAGAGAAGGGAAUUUUGUAUGUGGCCACACGCUCGGUUAUUGAAAUCUUUCUGGCUAGUAAUGGAGAGGGGUUGGUGAAAGAGUCGUGGGCCAAGUUGCAGGCCCUUGCCGAUUCGCAUUUGAAAGCUUAUCAGGGAGCUAUUAAGGCGGGUGUUACCAUUGCGUUGGGAACGGAUACCGCCCCCGGUGGUCCUACCGCACUUGAGUUGCAGUUUGCCGUCGAGAGAGGAGGUAUGACGCCGUUGGAGGCCAUCAAAGCCGCAACUGCGAACGCUCCCCUGUCAGUUGGUCCACAAGCACCGUUGACGGGUCAGCUUCGCGAGGGGUAUGAGGCAGAUGUGAUUGCGUUGGAGGAGAAUCCAUUGGAGGACAUCAAAGUCUUUCAGGAGCCGAAGGCAGUUACCCACGUCUGGAAGGGAGGGAAACUGUUCAAAGGUCCAGGUAUUGGUCCGUGGGGAGAAGAUGCACGUAAUCCUUUUCUGUAG